GAGACAGAAUCCCAAGCAGGCUCCGCACUGUGAGUGCAGAGCCCGACGCGGGGUUUGAUCUCAGGAGCUAUGAGAUCAUGACCUCAACUAAAAUCAAGAGUUGGACGCUUAACUGACUGAGCCAUCCAGGUGCCCCAGCAGAAAACUUAAAAAACAAACCCUUAAAUGGAAGCCAAUAUAUCAAACAGAUCAACAGAAAGAUGCUCAUGUUAAAAUGGGAAGAGAGAAGGGAAGGACCAGAUCCCUACCUUCUUAGUCUCCCUCGAUUUUCUGAUUUUGACCCCCAGAGCCAAGUCUAAGUUUCUUAUAUUUGCAUUCAAGAAUUUAAAGGUCUCAUGGCUAUCCAAUCCUGCAACAUUAUAUGGUGCAUGAACUCUCAGCUAUAGCCAUGCAGUAUUUUCCUUAUUUCCAAAUGGCUCCCAAGCUUUGGCAGCCACCAUCGCUCUGUCCACACUGCUCCCUUACCUGGAAUACCCCCUCACACCCUCCCCUCUGCCAUUUCUCUGGAACCUGCCUCCCUUCAAGGCUCUGACAAGGCCCUCCAUGAAACUUUGCUGACCUCCCUGGCCUUUGUUAAUUGUCCCUUUUUUUGUGCUGUUCCACCCGAAUAUGUUUUUCUAUUUUGAUUCAGCACAGAGUACUUUGUAUUGUUUUUAUUCGUGUGGCCGUCCUGCCUGGCCACGGUGACGAUACGUGUGGCUGUUGACGCUAUUCAAAUACUUCCGGCUCUCGGCAUUCUAGGCGUACGGUAGGAGUGCAUUUCUUGGCCCUCUUGUGGUUGGCCGGGGCCGUGUCGCUGUUGUAGCCAGUGAGUUAGGUCAUACCCAUUAUUUCCAAGGUCAGGGCAUGUAAAAGGCAGUUCUAAGACCCACUAGGGCUCUCUUUUUCCUCUGCCAUGGUGAUCAGCAGCGGUUGAGUGGCUACCAAUCGGUUUGGGUUCCCAAGUGAGAAGACAGAGCAGUGUCUCCGGCCAACCCGCAAAGAACGUGCAGCGUGAGCGAAAAGUAAACCUUUGUUCUCACAAGCCACCAAGAGUCUUUUGAUGUUGUUGUUGCUGUUACUACAUCGUAAUCUAGUUUAUCCUAAUACAGUUGGUUAUUAGGGGCCACUAUCCUAUACUGUUUUGUAUUUCUGGUGCCCAACAGAGUUGGACUGCUCAUAGCAGCUGCUUCAUCAAGGUUUGGUUUAUUUAGCAAACAUUUCUUAAGCGUCUUUGGAAGUUCGUUUAAAAAUGCUUGCUUUCCAUUUUCCUGAAGAAGCUGUAAGCAUUUUAGGGACCAGAACCCUCUUAGUUCCUCUGCCACUAUGUCCAGAGGACCUUAGACUUUGGUCCAUAGGAACCUUAAAAUGGCCUGCGUAGGGGGACGGGGAGGGGGGCAGUUAGAGAAAGACAUUCUAGGAGGGAUGAAAACACGACCUGACACGGAGACAGCAGUGGUUGGUGCCUGGGAAAGAAGACAAAAUGAUAUGACGCCUUGAGAGAAAGAGCAACUUCUGGAAAGGUUUGGGCAACACUAAGAAGUCAUCCCGAGGGGCCCAAGAGAGCUAGAAACAGGGAUAAACUUGGCAACGUGCUCUGAUAUGUCUUUCAUCCUAGCUCGAACAGAGAUACAUUGUAGCACUCCAGACACAGAAGUGAGAUCUGGCCUUGAGCCUGGAUUCUGGGUAAACACUUUGCAUCUUAGACUGAGACCCAAAGUUUUGAAACUUACGACCUUGAUUUGAAAAACCACAGUGGGCAGAGAGGUCUCUGAAUCACUGACAAUCCUUGCUGAAUACUGACUAGGUUAAUGACGGAGGGGAGCCAGGAGAGCUUCAGGGAGGAAAGAGGUCAUGAGUCAAAUGCUCCAAGAAGUCAAGAACUGAAUGACUAGCGAAAGCAUUUUUUCCCCUUCUUGGCUCCCCAGUUACAUUGCAAACGUCCUCAAAGCCAGGCACUGCUGGAAAAAGUUGGGAAGGUGCAGAACAACGUGUAAAGACAGUGAAGUAUUCUACCUCUUAUGCAAUGAUGAGACUAAGUGUUGUGUCAACCCCAAGCAUGUACCUGUCAAAACUAGAUCCUUGCCGCCAACCGGAAGCCUGGAGUAACUUCUGCAGUCUGGCCCAUCUCGCCCGACUUUGAGCCCAACGUCAUCGGAGCCCACGGCUCUACGAAAUCAUUCUCGACUGUCCCAUUUGGGUCUGGUAGCUCCGCCUCAUUGAACUUACAAAUCAAGAACAAAGAGAGGUGUGCGUGCAGAGUCAGCACUGCCAGGAGAAUUUUCUAUAAUGAUGGAAACAUCCCAGCUCCGCGGUGUCCAAUAUGGUAGCUGCUAGCCACGUGUGGCUAUUGGCCAUUUGAGAUGUGGCGAGUGAGUGGGUGGAGACGCCUGUUGCAUCCUUGUUUGUAAUGCAAAAGGAAAACCCCAGAACAUUCUAAAUGCCCAUUAGCCCGGAAAUGAAGUAUGCAUACCGAUGACCACUACGUCUCACUUAAAAAAGAGGAUGUCAAUCUACCUAACGCUGCAAGACAUAUUGUGGGGUGAAAAAAAGAAAGACGUCCCCCGAAAUAGAAACCAAAACAUCAACCAAUGCUAUGUUUUCUAAAGGUAUGUGAGUACG